AUGCCCGAAUUUUAUCAGGGUUGCAAAAAUGACCAUCAAUGCGAAAAGCAAUGUUUUGAACCAUGUCCACCUUGUACCAUUAAAGUAAAAAAAACAUAUAAAAACUGUACUCACUAUGAAACUAUGGACUGUUCUAAGGAUUUAGAUAAUGUCCCUUGCAAAUAUCCUUGCAAACGUACUUUGGAAUGCGGACACCAUUGCAAGUUGAAGUGUUUUGAACCAUGUGGAAAUUGCAAAGUCAAAGUUAUAAAAGAAAUACCACAGUGUCAUCAUAAAAUAAAAAUGAACUGCGGUGAUGCUGCUGACAUAACCAAUUGCUAUGAAAAGUGCAAAAAAAUAUUAUCUUGUGGUCAUAGUUGUAAGAACACAUGUCGAGAUCCAUGCACUACAAAAUGUGAAGUUCUUGUUCAAAGUGCAAUCCAAUCACCAUGUGGUCAUCUUGCAUAUGUUCCAUGUCAUUUAUUACAUACACCUGAAGCUAUUACAAACACAAAUGAAUUUUUGGACAAUUGUAAAGAACUGUGCAACAAAUAUCUUCAAUGUGGUCACAAAUGCGCUGGCUUAUGCUCCCAAUGUUAUCAGGGAAGAAUACAUAUUCCAUGUGAGGAAAAAGGAAUGGGAAAUGUACUUGUUUGUCAACAUAGUUGCAAAGUACCCUGUCGUGAAUAUUGUCCACCAUGUACUGAAAUGUGUACUUAUGAGUGUGUUCAUUCCAAAUGUACGAAGAAAUGUGGAGUGCCCUGUGCCAGAGGCCUGCACUUGGAAAUGCGAACAAAAAGUGAAAAAAAAAAGAAGUGUGCGAGAAAAUGCGACAGAGAUCCAUGUAAUGAACCAUGCAAAAAGAAGUUGCCAUGCGACCAUGAUUGCGUUGGACUGUGCGGUGAACCGUGCCCUCCAAUUUGCCGCAUUUGUGAUGAGGAUGAACUCAAAACAAUUUUCUUUGGUAAUGAAGAUGAGGAUGAUGCGAGAUUUGUUGUUUUAGAAGAAUGUGGACAUGUAUUUGAAUAUCAAGGAUUGGAUGAUUGGUUUUCAAUGCCUACAUCGUCGCAAGAAAUUUCUCCGAAACAGUGUCCAAAAUGCAAAAGCAUUAUUAAUAAAACUCAAAGAUAUGCAACAGCUUGUAAGAUGGCCUAUGAGUAUAUCAAGAAGUGCAAGACAAAAAUAUAUGGUUUGCCAAAAGAAAAUGACAAAAAGACAGCAGAGCUUAGAGCCAUUAUUAAUGAUUUAAUACAAAAAGCCUGGAUUUUAGUAAAGAUAUUUUCUCAUGACCAAGCACUUGUAGCAAAAAAUCGACUAGAAAAAUUACUGAAAACAAUAGAAGUUGUAGGAGAAGUCUCCUCAGAAGACAAAAGAAUGAUCGUAAAAGCUAUGGGAUUAAAAUCUGGUCAUUGGUAUGCAUGUCCACAGGGUCAUGUAUAUUGCAUAACCGAAUGUGGGGGGGCUAUGCAAAUAGCUAAAUGUCCUGAAUGUGGAGCUAGCAUUGGUGGUACCUCCCAUCGAUUGCUUUCUGACAAUCGUGUUGCUACUGAAAUGGAUGGAGCAACAGCACCUGCGUGGCCUCAAUAA